CUUACCUUUAUUGCGAUAUUUUCUUCCUGUUCGUAAAAGAAAUAUAAAUAUGUUAGUCGUGAGUGUGGAUUGUAAUAAUUAAAAACUACGACAACUAUUGGAUACAUCUCAAGGACAGAAUGACAUUUCGGAUAUUAUGUUUACUCUGCUUGGCUCGAUCAUGUAUGGGAGUCAUUAUAGACGGAUUGGAUUGCAGCUUGAACUGUGUGUGCUGUAAGGGAGGAGUGGAUCGAUGUGGAGAAAGAACAGGAUUUGGACACAAUAAUUGUUUUGAUGGCUGUGUUGACGGAAUAUUUGGCCAUAGAUGUCACAAUUCCUGUCCCGGUAACUGUUAUUCGUGUGAACAAGAGACAAGCAAACCAUGUUACACCUGCAAGGCUACAUUCUAUGAUACAAACAGUGAGUGUAGCAAGAGCUGUUCAGUCGGGUGUGAUGGGGGAGUAUGUUAUGAUGAUGGAACAUGUAAUACAUGUACAGCAAACUUCGAAGGAACAAGCUGUGAGACGUGCAUACAAGGAAAGUAUGGUUCAAGUUGUACACAAUUUUGCAUUAAUCAGAACUGCCGAUGUUCGACUGGAACUGAUUGUACUUCUUGUAAAUCGGGGUUCCACGACAGAAAUACCUUCUGUCAAACAGCUUGUUCCCCAGGAUGUCAGGAUGGCGUUUGUAAUGAUGACGGAAGUUGCAAUUGUCGAGCUGAGUUCAUGGGAAAUACAUGCAGUGAAUGCCAGUCAGGAUAUUAUGGGGCAUACUGCAAUAUACCAUGUUCUGUAGGAUGUGUAAAUGGACUGUGCUCAAAAGACGGUUCUUGUGAAUGUCGCCCAAACUUUGCUACAGCGAAAUGUGAUACGUGUGCGGAUGGAAGAUACGGUGUUAACUGUGACGAGAUUUGUAGCGUAGGAUGUACCACAUCGUCCUGUGACAGAAGCAAUGGCUUUUGUAAAUGUCUUCUUAACUUUUCUGGCGAUAAAUGCGACCAAUGCAAAUCAGGCUUUUUCGAACAAUCAUGUAACUUACAUUGCUCUGAAAAUUGCAAAGAAUACACAUGCACACGAUACCAGGGGAAGUGCACACUUGGUUGUGUUGAAAGUUUUCGGGUGACAAUUGCACAACGCCUUGUGACAAAACAUGCGCAACAUGUCUACAACAUGAUAAAUCAUACUGCAGUACAUGCCGAAAUGGAUACAGUGGAUCAACCUGUCGAUGUCCACCCAGCUGCAAUUGUGACUCUGCAUCUGAAAUAUGCACUGAAUGUAAAGAUGGGUACACCAACCCUGAAAAGGAAUGCAAGUGUCAGGCACAAUAUUGCAUCGGAACCAAGUGUGAUCAAUGUAUUAGCCCAACGUUUUAUGUUGAUAACAGCGCGUGCUGUGAUUGUCCGAAUAAUUGCAAAGAUGGUACAUGCGAACGUGGACCUACAUGUACUUCUGGCUGUAUUGACGGAUUUUACGGCUUGGAUUGUUCUCAAAGUUGUUUGUCCCUGAGUGCAGACUGUUUAAGAUGUACCCAGACGUAUGGACAGUGUGUGGAUUGUAACGACGGUUUUUACCCAAAAGGCAAUGGAAGCUGCAUGAGUUGCAGUAGUAACUGUAAAAGUGGGCAGUGCAAUACUGAGACUGGCAUAUGUAUCGAUGGUUGCACAAAUAGAUUUUGGGGAGACAAGUGCGAUAUUCCAUGUGAUCCAAAUUGUGAUACUUGUCAACUAGAUUCAGGAAUCUGUUUGUCUUGUAAAAACACAACUUACCAUGGACUUUCUUGUA